AUGGUUCAGUUCAAUCUCACCGAAGACCAAAAGGCUUUACGGACCAAAGGGGCCGCAGUUGCAAAAGAAGUCCUUGCACAAGCUUACGCGGAUUACUCCAAGUACCCAGACCAACUCACGCGAUUCCGAGCAACUCGGCCUUACUACGCCAAGUUGGUGAAAGCGGGGUUGCUCAAGGCAUUUGUCCCCAAAGCCGCAGGUGGCGAUGCGGAUACACUCUUGGAAACUGCCUUCCUUUUGGAGGAGCUUUAUGCAGUCGAGUCUAGCAUUGUAAUUCACCUGGUCGGCAGUGCUUUAGGACUAUUGCCUCUGGUUCUUGGUGGUACGACUGGGCAGAAAGAGAGGUUCUUGAAGCCAUUUCUUUCUGGUGAAGGCGAUCCCCUGGCGAGUCUGGCUCACUCCGAACCAGGCGGCACUGCCAAUCACCUUGAGCAAGGAGGGAAAGGUCUUGGAGUAACUGCCAGGAAAGAAGGGGAUUUCUACAUUGUUAACGGCGAAAAGCUAUGGACGACAAACAGUGCCGGCUGGGAUGGCAAAGGAGCCGAACUUACGUGCCUCUGCGCACGCUAUUCUGAGGACGGUGGCUCAGAGAAGUCCGACGUCAACCCUGUGGACAACUUGAUGGUAUUUCUCGUGACUCGAGAGGUCGUGGCUCAAAAUACUCCGGAAGCCUUUGAACUUCUCAGCGAGCCUGAGCUUUUCGGGCACAUUGCUGUCACCGGUCCCCACACCCGAUACACCAACUUCAAAAUACCAGCUGACCACGUUCUGUUUGCCCCUGGCAAGGCUGGGCCAUACAUUGAACAAGCCUUUGGCAUCUCUGGAGCCCUAGUCGGGGCCAUGGCAGUCGGCACCAUGCGCGCCGCUUUCGAAAAGGCACUCGAAUUCGCAAAGAACGAUCAUCGCGGUGGAUCUAUGCCCAUCAUUCAGAGACAAAGUCCCGCAGACCUGCUCAUCAGUGCAAAGAUCAAGAUCGAUACCUCCCGAAUGUUAGUGUGGAAAGCUCUCGACAGCUUGGACAAUGGUCCUGGCGACGCCAAGGCUCGAUUUGAAUCUUGCCUCACAGCCAAGAUCUACAGCAGUGACUCCGCAGUCACCUGCGUGUGGGACUGCAUGCAAGUGGUUGGCAUGACCUCAUACGCUGAAAGCGCUGGCUUCUCGCGCCUCUUGGCCGAUGCGGCCGUUUUCCCCUUGUUUGAUGGAGGCAACGUGGGCAUCAGACGACGCCAGUUCCAGAAACUAAUGUGUGAGGAAGGAUAUAAACCCUGGUCAAACCUGUAG